GUAACGAAGCAUGGGUAAAAGAACUUGAAUGGACUGGUAAGAAAGACUUUAAUGAUGCCAAAGUUACUCGUUGGAUAACUAAAGAUACAGGCGAACAUGCUGGAGAAGCUAGAACUUUUGGAGGAUUUACAUUCCUGAGAAUUUUUGAAGCAGGUCAUAUGGUACCUUAUGACCAACCACGUCCAAGUUUAGAUUUCUUUAAUAGAUGGUUAUCCAAGGAAGAUUUUGAUUAA